CCAACCACUUCUUCCGCUGUCCAGUAUACAGCACCCACAUUCGAUUGUGCCAAUUGUGUGCAUUAUUUAGGCUCCGCAUCCCUCCCACUUCCCUAGGCCAUGUCCCAAUUGGCUUGAUUCACUCAUCUCUGCGGUUGUCCUCACUUACAAGGCCUCCCCAUCCCGCACUCCAAACAUCGUCACGUGGAUCUCAGUCCUGCUUGGAAUAUUAACGGAGAAUCUCGUUACUAAGAUUGCGACUCUGCGAGAAGACUUGCCCCUUUCUUCUUAUUAUUAUUUUUAUCAUUAUUCCUCGUCUGCGGGAGGAUUUCGAGAACUGCGGUGCACAGUCUAGUUGUUAGAGUGAGAUUUUGAAUUUUGUUUUUGGCGGCGGUAGUGAAUGCACAUUGCACGUAGAAUUUUUCACUGUUGACGUGAUGGGAAUCUCAUUGGACUCGCCGAUUUUGAGCAACAGCGCUGUUGGAAAACUUGACACCGAUUUGCAGUCAAAAAAGAUGCUACCCAACGGAGAUGUCCAUUCCUGCAAGGUUUUGCACGAAGAAGUGUCGUCUGCCUUCCGGGGAUCUCCUGUAAAAAAGAUCUUGAGCAUUUCGGAGACGGAAGAAUUCGAUGAUGAAGAGUCGGCUUCCGAGGAUGAGAAGGUGAUGGGAUAUGCUGCAGAAAUUCCGAUUACCAAGGUCGACGAGCGAGACAAAGGAACUUCGGACGACUGGAUCCCGCGUCAUCCCGAGCUGGUUCGCCUUACAGGUCGUCACCCCUUUAACUGCGAGCCACCGCUUGCCACCUUGAUGGAGGCCGGGUUUCUGACGCCUACCUCGCUUCACUAUGUUCGAAACCACGGAGCAGUUCCUCGUGCGUCAUGGGACGAUUGGAAAAUUGAAAUCUCGGGAUUGGUGAAGCGUCCUACGACGUUCACGAUGAACGACAUUCUGCGUUUUCCGGCCCGUGAACUGCCGGUGACGCUGGUGUGCGCCGGCAACCGCAGGAAGGAGGAAAACAUCGUGAAACAAUCCAUCGGAUUCAACUGGGGCGCUGCUGCAGUCAGCACUUCUAUUUGGCGCGGAGUACGUCUGUGCGACAUCUUACGCCAUUGCGGGGUGGUCUCGAGGAAGAAGGGCGCUUUGUACGUCUGUUUCGAGGGUGCCGAAAUCCUGCCAGGUGGUGGGGGCUCAACGUACGGCACGAGCAUCACCAUUGACACCGCAAUGGACAAAGCCCAAGAUGUGCUGCUCGCUUACCAGCAGAAUGGGCAGUGUUUGGAACCCGACCACGGUUUCCCCAUCCGGUUGAUCAUCCCAGGCUACAUUGGUGGCCGCAUGGUGAAAUGGCUGAACAAGAUCGAGGUGACUACGCAAGAGUCAGGAAACUACUACCAUUUCCACGAUAACCGAGUGCUGCCCUCCCACGUUGAUGCCGAGACUGCCAAAGCUGAAGGUUGGUGGUACAGGCCGGACUACAUCAUAAACCAGUUGAACAUCAACUCUGCCAUCACCUCGCCUGCGCAUGGGGAGGCGCUUCCAGUGAAUUUCUCAACGCUUCAGGAGUCUUACAUAGUGAAAGGAUAUGCCUAUAGCGGUGGCGGCCGGAAAGUGACGAGAGUCGAGGUCUCGCUUAACGAUGGGAAGUCGUGGAUUCUGUGUGAUUUGAAGCAUCCGGAAGAGCCUACUAGAUAUGGGAAGUACUGGUGUUGGUGCUUCUGGCAGAUAAACGUGGACGUCUUGGAUCUCCUGAAGUGCAAGGAGAUCGUGGUACGCGCUUGGGAUGCAGCCAUGAACACACAGCCUCAGCACCUCAUUUGGAACGUAAUGGGAAUGAUGAACAACUGCUGGUUCCGGGUGAAGAUCGGCAUUACCAAGUCCGAAGACAACGGCAUUCAUCUGACGUUCGAUCACCCGACUCAGCCAGGUAACCAGACUGGGGGCUGGAUGGUGAAAUCGGAAGCGCAGAAACCAGCGGAGCCGUUGAUUAAGAUUAUUGAAACGAAGGUUGCAGCCCCUGCCCGUCAAAUAAAGUUGUCGGAAGUGCGUAAACACCAGAAAGCAGACUCUUGCUGGAUCAUCGUCCGCAACAAAGUAUACGAUUGCACGCCGUUCUUGGAUGAUCAUCCCGGCGGGGCUGAUAGUAUUUUGAUCAACGGGGGCACGGACUCAACAGAGGAAUUUGAUGCCAUUCACUCUGCCAAAGCUCAGGCCAUGUUAGAAGAGUAUUACAUCGGCGACCUGGUGGCCUCGAAAGACGACCUGGAAGUAGAGCUAGUCAAAGACGAGAAGGAGGACAUUGCGAAACUUGUGUCUUCAUCUGGUAGGCCAGUGGCUCUGAAUCCCAGGGAACGGCUACCCUUCCGCUUGAUCGAGAAGGAAACCUUGAGUCACGACGUCCGAAGGUUGAGAUUCGCACUUCAAAGUGAGAAUCACGUCCUGGGACUGCCAGUAGGAAAGCAUAUUCUCCUGAGCGCAACCAUCAACGGGAAGUUUUGUAUGAGGGCUUAUACUCCUAUCAGCAACGACGAUGAUGUGGGCUACUUUGAACUGGUAAUUAAAGUGUACUACAAGAACGCCCACUCGAAGUUCCCGAUGGGAGGACUCUUCUCUCAGUAUUUGGAUUCAUUAAGAAUUGGGGACACCAUUGACGUGAAGGGUCCAGUGGGGCACAUCGUAUACGAGGGUAAAGGACAUUUCCUUAUAAACGGGAAGUCCAAAUUCGUUAAGAAAGUUUCCAUGCUGGCAGGCGGCACGGGAAUCACGCCCAUGUACCAAGUGAUCCGGGCUAUCGUAAGCGACCCCGAAGACCAAACUCAGAUAUGUCUUUUGUACUCCAACCGCAAUGAGGGAGACAUCAUGUUGAGGAAAGAGCUGGACACAUGGCAACAGCAACACGAAAAUCUCAAGGUCCACUUCACGCUCACUGGAGCCGCUCCCGAGGACUGGGCCUUCAGCAAAGGCCGCAUCUGUGAAGCCAUGAUCAAGGAGCACAUUCCCGAAGGCUGCGAGGCGUCACUGGCUUUGCUGUGCGGCCCGCAGGAGCUCAUCCAGUCAGCAUGUCUCCCCAGCCUACUCAACCACAAAUUCGACAAGUCGAUAUGCUUAGAAUUUUAGUUUUCUUUUUUUCUUUUCUCUCUUGAUCGAUGGUUGGCAAGGAGCUGGAGGCUUCGUCCACAAGAUCACGGGAUCAACAACUCAAGAUAUAGCUCCGAUGAGCAGUCGGGUUUUGUCCGAUGAUUCAAGUGUGCAGGCUUCAGAGAAGAGUGGUGGAUUGUACGAUAUGCGGAGGAGACACGGCAGGUGGAUGCAUAGAUCUUACCUAUUGUACCAUACACAUGUUGAAAAUAUAUAUAUAUAUAUAUAUAUAUACACACACACAUAUAUUUACAUUAUCUGUGUGGGUCGAGAGAAAACCACCAUUGUUCAGGCUCAUCGCCGACGAACAAUCGUGCUAGUCAUACACCAAUGACUACACACCCAUAUGUAUAUAUAUAUAUAUAUAUAUACACACAGAUACACAGAAUUUUUGUUAUUUGUCAAUGUACAUGCUUUGCUUAAUCUUACAGUUGGAUGCA